AUGUCGCUCUGCCCAAAUGGAGCCCCUCCGAUGUUUCUCUCGUGGAGCAAUGUCACAGUCACAACCGAUCAAAAGGCCAUCAACCGAGGAAUUGGGAUCUCGAUGGGAACGCCUCCUCAGAUCGUUUCCCUCAGACCAAGUACCGCCGACGAUAACCUAUACGUGGUGAACAAAGCACAGUGCGCUCCUCAGUACAACGACUCGUGCAUCGGGCAAUUCGGUGGUGUCUUCGACUAUUCAACUUCAAAGUCCUUUCUCCAGGUUGCUGAAGGUCAAUGGAAUGGCACAGACCAAGGCAAUCCCAGUCAAUUAUCCUUUGUCUACUUCAACGACGUUUUGACUUUCGGGAAUGCUUCCGUCUAUGGGUUUCCUGCCAGCUACGAUGAACCUGGAUAUGGUGGUCAGGGUGUCAUGCCUCUCGGAUCCAGCUCGGACUUUCUCCGAGUUGCUGUUGAGAGCGGCGCUGUACCAUCCACUGUCUUUGGCCUCUGGACCGGUUCUCGCUCUAUCGAACAUCCCGUGGACGGGUCUCUCGUCGUUGGCGGCUACGACACUACGCGGAUCAAUGGCACAUUGACUACUUUCACCUCUCAGAAGCAAUGCGAAAUGUGUGUCAUUAUCACCAGCCUCGUCUAUGAAGAUGAAACGGGUUCGACAAAUCUCUUCUCCAACUCGUCCGAAUCUCUACAGAUCAACCUUCAGCCUUCCGAACGUGCACUAAAUGUACCGCAGAAUGUCUGGGAGAACUUCAAAACCGCGACCAACGGCGUCUACAAUGACAGUUACCUAACAUACCCAUCCACCGCUGUGCCAACCGGCAACUUAGUCGCCACCCUGCAAAACGGAUACAAGACCACCAUCCCUGCGGAGGAGCUCUUCUAUUAUCCUCGCAACUAUAAUGACGACGGCCAAUACACAGUCAUCGACAACACCUACAAGAUUGCCACGCUUUUCAACACCACCAACGACGGUUACGUUCUGGACUGGGGAAUCCCGUAUAUGACUAUGAACUACAUAAUCGCAGACUACAAGAGGUCUCAGUUCAAAAUGGCUCCUGCAAUCCGGACGGAUUUUGAAAGCCAAGGUGGUGGCUAUGCACUCCAAGCGUCCUGCGAUCCGAUCACAAGUACCACGCCAACGGCUACCAGCUCUACCGUCGUAAACAGUGCCACUGCAACUGGUUCAGCAGCAUCGGCCUCCCACGACAGCAGCAGCAAUAAAAACGUUGGCCCCAUUGUCGGCGGCGUGGUAGGCGGAGUCCUUGGUCUGAUUCUUAUUGUCGGCGGACUCGCAUUACUGUUCUACCGCAGUCGACGACGCAGGAGUGCCCCUGGGACUCCGGGUGAACACGGCCAGCCCACUAUGACUACACCAAUGAUGGGUGAGGGCAACAUGGCCCAUAAUGCAGGUUCAACCGCAGACCGUUACUCCCAUUGGACAGCAAUGUCUCCGACAGAAGCACGCAGCGAGCUUGGUGGGGGUGAGAAAAUGAACGGUGCAAACGCGAGUGUAAAUCAAUGGCUAUCGAGUCAAGCCAGCGAUACUCAAACUGUCAUGAGCUCAAAUUCUCCUAACCCCAACGUUGGUGCGACCCUGGGAUAUAAUAUGGGCUCGCCACAGACAACAGCCACGCAUAUGCAACCGCAGAAUGGGACGAUGGACCGACCGUUCGAGAUGCCAGCGCAGACCUGGGAUAGCCGGUAG